UCACACAGGCAACGUUCGAAUCUUAGAAGUUAAUCCGGAUGGGAAUUAUGUCCGACUCUUCAACACAUCUGCACAUAGGGAUGAGGAGAUCGGUGGUUACAUGAUUCAACAGAAUGUCGCUGGACGACCAGUGACCGUGUUCCGAUUCCCUCCACGCACUCGCCUCAAGGCGCUUUCACACACCACGGUUUGGUCGGCAGGCAGUCUUUCAAGGCAUAACCCGCCAUCAGAUUUCCUGUGGAAAGAGCAGCACAAGUGGGGGACUGGACCCGAAUGCACAACGAUCCUCUGUAAACCAAAUGGCCAAGCCAUGGCGUGGACUACUGCUGCAUUCCCGUUUGGUGUGCCAAACCAGAUCCCAACGCGCGACACAGGGCCUACUAGCCCGCGGGAUUCGGGAGAGCAGUUGAACAAUGAAAACACAGGACCCAUGUCACCUCGGUAUAAGACCCCAGAGCCGAUCCCUCGGGAGAUAGAGGGCAAACCUUUCUCACGUCCACCGACUGACCCCCUCCACCCCCACAGCGUUCAAUCUCGGGUCAAGGCGGGUGGCCAUGAUGGCAUGACAGUUAACCCACAGUCGAGGUCACAGACAACCAGGCCGGACCCUGCCGGGGCUACGCGGACGGGGGGAGCCCCCCUCAGGAGAUAUGCUGGCACAUCCUUGCCUAAUGAUAAGGAUUCCAGUUCUAAGCAGACACAUGGUGGUACUAUACGAGUUGUACCCGCCACGAAUUUUAGCUCUCCGUCCAAACAACACCAAGACCGACUGGCCAACCUCAGUGCAAACCACAAGGUGGACUUCUCCCCUCCUGCACCAAGACCUUACGUGGCAACGCGAUAGAGCGCCCUUUAUUUUCUUUUGGGAUUGUAGACGUCCGCCCUGGAUCAUGCACUCUAGCAAGCUUCUGACCGACUUUUGGCUACUUUUGUUAUAGCCCAACGCCGAUCGAUGAAUUGUAAAUAGUGUGUAGUUGUGAAAUGAUGAAUCGCAAGGAAACGUGGCACCAAAGUAUCACUCGACGUGAAAAAGGCCUUAACUGAUAGAUAGCUAGGCGAGGUGUUAGACUCCAUGCAAAUCAAUGUUUUAUAGAAAGUCAUUAUUCAUACAUUUUUUUGUUAAAUGCGACCUCCAUACAUAGAAUAAUCAAUUUUCAAAAUUUUCAGAAAUUAAUAUUGUGUUUCUUAAAAUCCAGUCUACUUGUGUAAAGUCAUCAGACCUCCCAGAUUGUAUGCAUAUUUUAUUGUAAUCAAGAAAUGUAACAUAAGGUUUUGGUCAUGCGAAAUUUGAACCUUGUAUUGAUUUAAACACAUUUGACAUUUGUCGUCAAUUUAGAUCCAAUUUUGCACAAA